AUGGACCAGCGGCCUGCUACCGCUCACCCCGUUCCAGCGGAAGUAGCGGCUGGAUCUCCCCGAGUAAAAGGCAUAUCACGUCUACAGAAGGAUAGGCCCAUCACCGACAACCAGCGCCGUACCCCUGACUCUAUUGAGGAAGCUGCUGCCAGUCUUUUCACACGAGUUCGGGCACUCAUCAAUGAUUCCAGUCCUGUUGAUUGCGCAACUCCGACCUCAGAUAUAUCUGCUCAGAGACUUGGUUGCUCGACAUCUUCAUAUGAUGCAGAUACCAGCUCCUCUGAGAAUAACGAUAAACCUGCUGUAGCGAAUAAAUCUGGAGGCGAUGCAAGUAACUUCUAUCAUCUGAGUUCAUCUUCUGCGGCCACAUCUAGUGGGGAGCAAAUCCGCAUACAGACUGUUCCAAAACACUCCGUUACAAGCUCAAUCGUCAAGAACGAUUCUCCUAUGCCUGCACACUACUUACAUUCAUCUACUCCAACAAAUAUUCACAAACGGACUGCAGGCGACAGGUCGCCGAAACUUAUCCUUGGCUCAUUUCCAGUGCCGGAUACAGUUAGUAGGGCUAGAAAACAGGUCUCUAGCCGUCACUCUCAGUCUUCUGCUUCUAGUGUCGAGGGGGACGGUGAAGUUACAGAGGGUGGGAUCGACCCGGAAAAAGUCCGAGAACAAGUCCUUUUGCGCCGUCCCUUUGAACCAAUUCCAAUAGUCGAUCCAAUCUUUAGUGUAAUAUACGACAGCUCGUCAAGCUCAAGAAACUCCCAGCCUCGAACUCCAGAUCUGUUUGCGAAACCUCUGGUGCUUCAUAAAAAACCGCAGAGGGCCCCGGUAACGCCGGCAAACACAGUGGCUACACCGGAGCCACUAAUCAGCGUAAUUCCCGCAACACCGGUAGUGAUAUCAUCUCCCGAUAGUACGAGCGCGAGGAGCAAUAGGGUUAAGACGAAUAGAGGCGCGGAUAUCGACAAUGGAAAAGAGCACAAUGACUGA